AUGUCUCAUCCUACCCCAACUCAAGAAAUAGUUGCCAGAGAUCUACAUGGCCGUGAAUGGAGAUUUAAACAUAUACUUAUUUCUUCACAUACUAUAUACCAUGGAGUAAUAGCUUCUACAAUGAAUGCUAUUGAUACCAAAAGUAUGUUUACUGUGUUUUAUAAGCCAAGAAUAUAUUUAUUAAAAAUAUAUUUGUUUUCAUUGCAACAAAUACUAUGGAAAAUUACAGAAAUAGAAGAUUUCUCUUCUUAUUGGAGGAAUUCUGAAUGGCGAAACUUAAAAGUGCAAUGGGAUGAAGCUGCAUCAAUUCAAAGACCUAAUAGAAUUUCAUCAUGGGAUAUUGAACUUUUAGCACCUUCAUCAAAUGUUCUUGAAUCAUCAUUACUUAAGAACAAACGUCAAUGUCAACUUGUUGAAAUCAGCCAGGAAAUAGGCCAAUCAAGCAUGAAUGCUCUAACAAAUGCUCCGCAAUUUAGUUAUCACGAUUCAGUUGAUGAUUCUAAGAUUUCAUCUGGUUGGCUAAUGAAUUACAUAGUCCCAACCAAAGAAACUACUGCUGCAACCACUGGGUACAAAUUGUUUGGAGUGGAUCUAGAGGCUCCCACCAAUUCAAAAGAUAUUGUUCAGAUGCAAGGUAUAGCCAUAGGGAGAACAGUGGAUUUAACUGUUCUUGGUGGAUACAAUGAGUUGAUCGACGAGUUAGAGAAACUUUUUGAUCUUAAAGACAAAUUGCGUAUACCUAAUCAAUGGAAAAUAAUUUUCACAGACGAUGAAGGAGAUAUGAUACUGGUCGGAAAUGAUCCAUGGCCAUACAUUUCUUCCCACUUAUCUUUUUCUUACUCUCUCUCUUCUCUAUCUUUAUCUUCAUAG